CCACUCUUUUGGCCCUAACAGAUCCRAUGGAACCCCUUCUCUCAGAACCUCCUGUAGUUCUUCUUCACUAAAAUCUCUUGACACCCAAAACUACUCUGCUGCUGCUAUUACCUCAUCAAUCUUCUGGGUUUUCCGUUCCAUCUAUGAGGUACAAUUAAUGACCAUGGAGAAUUUCCUCACUGCGUCAGCAUAACACUUUCUGCACUGCUCGAAACCUGGCAACCUCAAACGGACUCUCUUGCACCGGACAUUUCUGAUACCCAGCAUCCCCACAAUUGACCCACAAAGCUCUUUCCACCGAAACUACACUCUCCACCGAAACGACACACAAGUCAGAUGUUUUAUGUGAAUGUUCUUUCAGCCAUAAUAUUAGAAUAUAGUUAAGUCUCAUGAGGCUCGAUUACAUUUUUUUUUAAUGUUCUGGGUAAGAUCUGUAAAUCAUCAAGAAACAACAAUUUGUGUCAUCACUUUCACUAAUUAUUCUCCAGACCGGACCAGACAGUGAGCCAGGCAGAUAGCAUCUCGAUUGCUAAUGUCUGACGGUGUAUUGAGAGAUGCAGAUGCUCUCCCCGAUGCGGUUGCCUGUCGUUUGAAGCCGGUCGAAACUCCAAGAACCAAUACAGGCAGAACCAUGGACAGAUCCUGUAAAAAAUGGUCAGCCUGUGAUGUGCGUGGGUGAGGAGGAAAGCGGGUAAGGAGAUGGGCUGCACCUCGGCCAAGCAGGUGUCGGCAGUGCCAAGUGGUGAGGAGGGCCGCAGUAAAGCCUACAGCAAUGGGGACCUUCUUUCCGACGAGUACAAAAAAGGAGUGGAAAAGGUCAAAUAUAUCAAUGGAGAAGAGGACAGACUGAACACCUGCAACCAGGACAGCACGGAGAAAACUGCCCUGCUCACUAGGGUCCAACGCACAGAUGACACAGGAUCAAAUGGCAAUGGGAAGACACAUAUCCAUUCUUCAGAGAGCCAGCAAGAGUUCUUCAGGAUGCUGGAUGAGAAGAUAGAAAAGGGGCAGGACUACUGCUCAGAGGAAGAGGAUAUGACAUAGCACCGAGGUCCGCUAUCUGCUCCCCUGAGAGGAAGGAUUUAUCCAAUGGAGGCUGGUGUCAUUUCAGCCAUUACGAUGAGCCAUUCCAUUCCAGCCAUUACAAUGAGCCCAUCCUCCAAUUUCUCCCUCCACUGGAUUUUUCCAAUGGCAUGGACAGACUGUACCACAUAUACCUUACCCAAUGACCCCUCCUCCUUUUGGACUGGCCCAUUUCGUGGAUGGAGUGGGAGACACGUUGACCCUCAAGCACCUUUGCUUACCACACUGUCUAUAUCUACAACCGUCUCCCCGUAACAGAUGUUUGAGUCCAUUGCGACAAUGUUURCCCCCCCAAAGGAGCAAUGUUACAAGUCAUGGCUGGGACUACUUCCAUGCACCAGGCGUAUAYUUUUGAACAACUCUCCAAGUCUGUCGCCAUGGUUACCCUGCACACUAAGUACAGCAGCUGCUCUAGACUCUGUGACUGUGGUCCGUUAAAAGACACUGGACUUCCAGUCAUUUUGAACCCAUGGAUUGACUAAAGCCACGACCAAUAACCAUGAUGGUAUCGGUCUCAAAGAACAUUUGWCAAUCCUUAUCUGAUUCUGAUUGGAUUAUGAACAGUGGAGGUAAUGGAGAGCGGAGGGAAAUGAAUCUGGGAAUUAUUCCAGGGGUCGUAUUCAUUAGGCACCAAAUGGAAGAAAACGUCCUGAAACAGGGAGGGCCUUCGAAUAAGAAGCGGCACUUGACAUUUUCCAUAGCAAAAUGUUUUUUUCUACAGUGUUCCCUAAUGAAUGCGAUCCAGGUGGCUGAAACGUUGAGCAUUGCAGAUAGAAACACGAAUACAGCUGCUGAUGAUCCUUAUCAUUGCAUUAUAUCAUUAUCUCUAUGUAGUGUAUAUCUAUCUGCAACAUUCAAAGCGGGCCACCCCAAUGAACACACCCUUGGAGGGGAAACCGGGGUUACUUACUUCCUGCAUUCCAAGACACUUUUUGAAUCUUCUUUUCUACAGUAUGUUCAUAUGCGAUUCAUAGUCUAUCUAUGUCUUCUUACUUCACCAUGUAGGGUAUUAUUUUUUAAUUUUAAUGCUCAGGGUUGAAGUGUUCUAGUCAUUGUCUUUUGUAGGAGAGCCUACCUCUUCAUUAGGCUUUGUUCUACCYUUUGUGUACACACACACGGUUAUUUCCCUAGCACCCUACUGUCACUAUCUGUUCUUCUUACCUGUUAAUAAGACCACCUCAGUGUUACAUCUACAGGCAGUAUACUGUAUUAGGAGCAAAGAUCAUGCAACGGUCUUUGCAUUUGUUGUCAUGGUCAUUUUUGUGUGCUUGUUUUUCAUGUUCAAAUGUUUUUAAUUUUUUAU